AUGGGCCUCCUCAACACCCUCUCCACCGCCCUCGCGCCCCUCACCUCCUCCUGGACCGCCAUCCUCUUCGCCCUCCUCACCCUCCUCACCACCACCAUCCUCCUCAACAUCCUCCUCCAGCUGACCGCCCGCAACCCGCACGAACCCCCCAUCGUCUUCCACCUCGUCCCCUUCAUCGGCAGCACCAUCACCUACGGCAUCGACCCCUACCGCUUCUUCUUCGCCUGCCAGGCCAAGUACGGCGACGUCUUCACCUUCAUCCUGCUGGGCAAGAAGACGACCGUGUGUCUGGGCACCAAGGGGAAUGAUUUCAUCCUGAACGGGAAGCUGAAGGAUGUCAACGCCGAGGAGAUCUAUUCGCCACUCACGACGCCGGUGUUUGGGAAGGAUGUCGUGUAUGACUGUCCCAAUUCGAAAUUGAUGGAGCAGAAGAAGUUCGUCAAGUUCGGCCUCACCUCCUCCUCCCUCCGCUCCUACGUCCAACUCAUCUCCCGCGAGGUCCGUGACUUCUUCUCCGCCGACGCCGCCUCCAAGAAGUUCGCCUCCACAACCGGCAGCUUCAACGUCCCGCCCACCAUGGCCGAGCUGACCAUCUACACCGCCUCGCGCUCCCUCCAGGGCAAGGAGGUCCGCGAGAAAUUCGACUCCUCCUUCGCCGACUCCUUCCACGACCUCGACGCCGGCUUCUCCCCCAUCAACUUCAUGCUGCCCUACGUGCCCCUCCCCCACAACCGCAAGCGCGACAUCGCCCAGAGGAAGAUGACGGACACAUACAUGGGCAUCAUCCAGGAGCGACGGGAGGCCGGCGACAUCAACCCGGACGAACGCGAAGAGGACAUGAUCUGGAACCUCAUGAACUGCACCUACAAAGACGGCACCCCCGUCCCGGACAAAGAAGUCGCCCACAUGAUGAUCGCCCUCCUCAUGGCCGGCCAACACUCCUCCUCCUCCACCUCCUCCUGGAUCCUCCUCCGCCUCGCCACCGACCCGCAAAUCCAAGACGAACUCCUCGCCGAACAAACCCACGCCCUCGGCACCGACCCCUCCUCCGGCGCCCUCAACGACCUCACCUACGACUCACUCCCCCACCUCCCCCUCCACGCCCAAGUCGUCAAGGAGACCCUCCGCCUCCACACCCCGAUCCACUCCAUCCUCCGCAAAGUCAAAUCCCCCAUGCCGAUCGAAGGAACCCCCUACGUCAUCCCCCCCACCCACUCCCUCCUCGCCACCCCAGGCGUCACAGCCCGCAGCGCCGAACACUUCCCCUCCCCCAUGACCUGGGAACCGCAUCGCUGGGACGACCACCCCGCGCCGGAAUAUGCGCAUCUCGCCCCCAAGCAUUUGAAGGAGGCCGUGGCGGAGGAGAAGGAGGAUUAUGGGUACGGAGAGAUUAGCAAGGGAGCCGCGUCGCCGUAUUUGCCUUUUGGCGCCGGGAGGCAUCGUUGUAUUGGGGAGCAGUUUGCUUAUGUGCAGUUGCAGACCAUUUUGGGGUGUUUGGUUAGGGAGUUUCGGUUUACGACGCCGGAUGGGGAGAAGGAGGUCGUGGGGACGGAUUAUAGUAGUUUGUUUAGUCAGCCGCAGCGGCCGGCGGUUGUGCGUUGGGAGAGGAGACAGAAGAACAAGGCUUAA